ACAAUUACGCUAAAGUUUUUUGUUCCACGAAACCAAAGCAAAAACCACGUCCUCAAAAGUCAAAAUGGCUGGCGCUGGCUUUCGUAAUUAUCCCGCAAACGCCGGUGCAUUUGGGUAAACCGACGCGCCAGGUUCGGGUAUAAAUAUGGGGUUGGAUUUCUCUCCAAGCGUUAUUCUGUGAUAGUAUCGUUUUGGUUUUUGUAUAUCUUGAAACGAAGGUUAAGAAUAUUUGCAAGAAAUGGAUUCAGCAGGGGGAGAGGUAAUCAGUUGCCACACCGUCGAUGCGUGGAACGAAGUGCUCCAGAAGGCAAACGAAUCCAAGCAAUUGGUGGUGGUGGAUUUCACAGCUUCAUGGUGUGGACCAUGCCGCUUCAUAGCUCCAAUUCUGGCUGAGAUGGCCAGGAAGAUGCCUGAUGUCAUGUUCGUCAAGAUCGAUGUUGAUGAAUUGAAGUCUGUUGCCGAGGAUUGGGCGGUGGAGGCCAUGCCGACUUUCGUGUUCCUGAAAGAAGGAACGAUAGUGGACAGGGUUGUGGGUGCGAAGAAAGAUGAACUGCAGAUGGCUGUAGCCAAGCACGCUGCUGCUCCGGUUGCCGUUACUGCUACUGCUUAGAUUUUGUUUAUGCUUUUAGAGAAGAGAUGAACCGCUGGUGUUACCUUAUCUUAGUUGUGUUCAUGAACCACUGGAUGGUUUUAGUAGCAGGCUUUUAAUAAAAUGAAGGUUGAAGGCGUGUAUGAAGAUUGUUGUGUUGACUUUAUCUUGAUGCUGGUUUAUGAAAUCUUCUCAAGUGUGUUGGGUCUC